GACAUUGACAGUUUGCAACAAAAAAGAAAAACAUUUGGGUCAGUUUUGGUUUUCUUAAUUUUCAAAAUAUAUUUUUUGGAAGUGAAACAAUAACUUAGUUGCUUUAGAUAUGAAAAUAUUUUAUUUGUGUAAUUUAUAUAAAAUGUGAAACAUACAGACAGAGAGUUACAGGAACGUACAAUUGUUGUUGUUUGAUCAAUUGUGGCAACGAAAACAAUCCUUUUCAAAUUCAUAUUUUCACGGUCGGCUACAUUUUGUGUACUAUCAAAACAAAACUUUGAAUAAACGUUUUCUUUUCUACUGUUACUUUCGUUUCCUCAGAAAUAGUGUAUUCUGUAAAAGUGUUUCUUUCACGGACUUUUAGAAUAGAAACCGGCAAAAUUUUUAUUAACUGACGUAAUCAGUCCGUGACAACAUCGCUUGAUUAUUAUGCAUGUUACUUUCAACAAUAUUAAAUUCUACAUCGAAUAAGGUUCAAAAUCGAAGGAGGUGGCUAGGGGGUACUUUCAAAAGUGCUGUGCAAUUUCCUAUAUGAUGGAAGUGGAUGGUAAUUAGCUAUCUUUAGUGAUCGUUGGUCGGCGUAUCUUCGUCGACGCUAUGAACGACCCGUGGGACGUAAAAUCUGUGCGUAAAUCGGGGCAGUACUUGUCCUGUAUGAAGAUUAAUGGUGUGCCCUUGCUCCCGCCAGUGAGUUAUGAAGGAAAUAUAUGAUAAUGAUAAAUAUCCUAAUAUAUAUAAAAGGAUAUUUUAAAGAAGCUUUUGUGUUUAUGCUUUUUCAUGCUAUGCAUAGUAUUAUUUUGAAGUUACCAACAAAGUUAUCAAAGGAAUGCAGAAAGGAGAUGCAGUAUUAUAAGCUUCUAGCAAAAGAAGUGGAGAAACGUAUUGCACUUCUGAAACCGUACACCCUGGACAGUGACCCCGAAGACAGUGAUAAUAUGACUGAUGCUCCGGAUAUUUCAGAGUCAGAUCAUACCCCUGUUGAACCCACUGUCACUAAAUCUCCACCAUCAUCCCCUGAAAAAUCAGUUGUUGAAUCACCUAAACCAUGUUUAACCUUAGCAAAACCCAAUGUAAUAGAAUAUCACAAUAUAACACAAUGUUGUGAAGAACCACCAAAUUCUACGUUAAUUAUGGAUUUGACACUAGAUAUCAUCGGUGCCAAUAGAAAUAGUCUGGAGAGUCCAAACAUGCAACUAUCCUCCCAAACUGAAAUACCAGAGCGUGAUUGUGAAUCUCCUAAAAAAAAUAAGGAAAUUAAACAAAUAGAUGAUGCAGUUCAGCAAUCAAUUUCUAGUCCAAAAAACCAAGCUAUAAUGGACUCAGUAAAAUGUUUUGUUGAUAAUAUUUUAUCUGAAACAUAUGCACCUUUGAAACAAGAUGGACCAUCCUCACUAAGUUCUAAAAGCUUCACUGGCUCUCUGAAUGACUUACACACAGGAAGCUUAGCAGAUUCACAAAAAAGUUCAAAGCUUAUAAGGCAGAGGUCCUAUACUCUGCUAGAACCAAGUCCACAGUUACUGGCGCAUCUUGAGGUGCAGUCCUUGAAUACAGGGGUUGAGAUGACAAAUAUAUCCAUGAGUGAAUCUCUAUCAAACCUUAGUUCUCCAAAUAAGAAACGAAGAAGUUGGGACUUAGAGUCUGCCAAAGUCAAAUGGUCAUCAAUGGCCUUAGAACUGAAUGCCAAGAAUGUGCCUAAACCUAAUGGAGUUAACAAGAAUGCAACCUCAAAAACUACCACAUCACUAGUAGUUGCCAAGAAAACUCCUCCCAGUGCACCUAGAUCUAAAUCUGUAGCCCAAGAAAAGCCACGUCGCCCCGCUGUGGUCAACAAAUCGAUGGUUAAGUCUGAAUCGGCACAAAAAGUUGCAAAGAGAUCAUUAAGCCCAGUCAGGAAUUCCACUUCUGUUGUAAUACACCGUCCAAAUGCAAAGGAAACCUCACCUAAAAAUACUUUGCAAAAGAAAGAUGUCACUCCGAUGAAACCUUUAAUUUCCGAAUCAGAAGAUCCGGCUACUAAAGUGAAGGAACUCUAUGAGAAGAUGCAAAAGCAGCAGCAAGCGCAAAUGGCCAGUCUAGUUGAAAAGCAGAAGCGUGAACAACUCCUGCUCCAGCAACUAUUUGAAGAGCAAAACAACUUGCUUUUUAAACAACUCAAGGCAAUUUGCCCCAAGUCACCUUUAGAAGCGAAAGAAGCCUGGGUGGACAAAGUGUCAGACACAGAGAAAGGUUUAGUGAGCUUAAGUCAGUUAAUCAACCAGAAUUCCCCUGACCAUACCAUAGUAAACAGCCCAGUCUCAUCCACUCUGACUGAUACACACUUCUAUAUAAACCACUGCAAUGAUAUUUUAAAGAAGAGCAGAGAUACAAUGGGGAGUUCAAAGAAGCAUAUUGUUUCUAAAAACCAGAAUGGUGCCAAAACACAAUCACCCCGUAAUCUGGAGGGCUCGAGCACCAGGACUCAUUCUCCUCGACGAAUUGCUUCGAUUGCUUCACGGAGGCUCAAUUAUGAUUCAAGUAACUCCACCGACCGAGAAUGCGAGCCUCUCCUUACCGAUCGAACGAACGACACGUUUGCUGAUCUUAACGUAACUUUACCCUCCGACACCAGUGACGAUGCAAUUUCUUACCAAGGAAGUAGGCAGUCUUGUAGCAAAAGCCCUAACGAUGAAGCCAUCCCAGCAAAUGGUAUUAGAGGUUUAAGUAACUCCAAUAUUGAUACAGCUAUCAGGAAUAUGGAAGAGUCCUUGUAUAAAUCGAUAAAUGCCAAUAAACGGCAAAUGAGACAAGUAACUAAUGUCCAUCCUUCUGCUGAAGAACGGGAAGCGGCAACAAAAAUCGUUGCGUUUGCCAAGGGCUACCUGGUGCGUCGACUCAUGCGCACGGACCGCGUUCAGGCCACGGUACAGACCAUAAAGGAUGCUCUAUUGUGUGCGCUGCAACUGCAUCAAGAUCGGGCCGGCAUCAGGGGAGCUGAUGUAGACCUUCAUAGGCGGCUAAUUCAGCAGAUAACCGCAGCCUGCUACAGUCUACACGACACAUUCGUGACGAGCUCACCGUCGGAGCGCUGCGCGCUGCUGGCGGCCGACCGCGUCCGCAAGCGUGCGCAGGCGCAGCUCGCCCGGCCCAGGUCUCAUCGCCCUUCGGACAUAAUGACCCAAAGCCACAGCGGUUCGUUCCCGGUGCGGGUCAAGCGACCACCGUCGUCGCCCAUGUCUCGCUCUAAUUACGAGACGUUUAGCUCGGAGAAUCUGAACACGACUCGCUACAUGCAGAGCCCGCAGCGGCGGCCGUGGCGCUGACGAUCGCCGCCAUCUUGCUUCCCGCGCUUUUUCCAAUGCUGGCGGCUACCAACACCUCCAUGAGGUUUCUCCAUUACUUUCUCACAUAUAUACGACUGUUUUUUUAAUAUUUUCACGGCAAAUUCCAAAUUGUAAAACUGAACAGUUUUCUUCAAACAGAGGAAGAGCUUUUUUUAUUAACACAUUUUGUAUUAAAAGUGGCGUUUUUUUGUCAUCUCUGUACUAAUGUUGUUUGAGGUUGUUCAGCUGCACAAUAAUUUCUCAGAUGACAAAAAGUAGCCGUAUACUUAUUAUAUGAUGAUAGAUAAUAUUCAUUAAUUUAUGUAUUUAAUGCUGAAAUAGGAAUAAUUGACGUUGGAUUUGAAAAAAAAAAAGAAAAAUCAGUCGUUAUUUUAAAAAAAUACAAAUAUGUUUUGUUCCUUUGUUGGGAAUACCUUUCUGUCGUAAUUAUAAUUAAAGCAAACAAAAAAAGCAAAAUUCAAGUUCUAUUUUGAUUUUAUAAAUGCGUAACAAAAAAUAGCAAAAAAUAAAGAAAUUGGUCCAGUCGAUUUUAAACUGUUUUUUUUAAUAUACAGGGUUACUGGUAUCAAACGCAAAACCUCCUAAAGACUACUUGAGUACAUCAAAACAAGCAACUUUUAUUCUACGACUUUUCGUGAUUCAUAGUUUUAUUUAUUCAUAUAAAAAAAUCUAUCUAAUUUGCGAUUCUACACAUCGUAACUCUAUGUAAUAGCCCAGCAACACGAGACAGUAUUGGUAGCGUUAUGUAGCGGAAUCGAACAUAGAGUUAACAUUUUAUAGAAACUACAUUAGUACAAAAAAGGGAAUAUUUUUUUAUUUAUUACGUUUAGACAAAAGUCGUAGAACAAAAGAUGUUAAUCUCUAUUUACCUUAUGCGCCUUUGGAAGGUUAUGCGUUAGAUACCAGUAACCCUGUUUUGUACAAUACUAUAUAUAAUAUAAUAUUAAAAUAGUUAGUUCCACAAGACUCCUAUUUGCGAGCACAAGUUCAAAAUUAAUUUAAGUUUUUAAAUACUAUAUGAUUGUAAACUAUGACGCCGCUUGCUUCCGAAGCUGAAGUGCCUAUUGGGACGUAUCGUAUGAGACCUUAAGGUCGAAAAUUGAAUGUCACAAGUUAGAAAUAAGGUUUUUAACUUUUUAAUAUAAUUUUUAGGUAAUUUAUUUAUAUCGUGAAUUGGCAUUCCAAAAAUAUGCAAUGAGCCAAAAUGACGGAAGAUUUGCAUUAUAAUUUGUUUAAACUCGAUACUAUUAAAGUUUUAGCCAUCGAAAAUUGUUAUAGCUACAAAAAAGCUGAAAAAAAAUACGAAAAAAAGUAUUUUUUUAAUUCAAGUUUUGCAAGUUUUUAUUAAUUUGACGUAAAUGAAAGCUUGUAAAAAGAAAUUAAAAAUAGAAUAAGAAUUUUAUACGUUUACUAAAAUGGUUGUAUUUUAUUCCAUGACUAUAUUUUGUAUUUAAUUAAUAGAUUGUGCACCUAAAGACAAGUUUUUAAAAUAAUUUAAAAUUCAUUGCUUUAAAUAAUCCUAAGUUUCUUACUUACGUCAAACUCAAUAAUUUUGAUAAUACUUCUAAAAAUCUAGUCACGCGUUUCAUGAUCUCUGUAAUAUAUUUUCAUUUUAAUCUUGCCUAUAAUAUUUAACCGCAUAUCAAGUUAAGCAUAGAACUCUAUGCAAAGGUUAAUAGGGACGAAUUUGCAAUGAUUUUGGAGAGCCCAAUUCUCUGCAAAACCGUUGCUUAACUUAAAGAUUAAAUAUUUAUUUAUUUAUAUCUGAAACCUAAUUUAUUCGAACGACAAAACUGACGGUCGGAAUAGGUAGAACAUUUGUUUACUAUAGGUACGUAGUACAACCUCUCCUGUCCUGCGAGGUUGUCAUUGUUUUACGUAGACGAAAUAAUAAGUCUGAUCUAAAUUAGUUUUUUCAGUACUUAGUAUUAAAAUUACGACAUUUUCAACAAUACUUGCUGUACAGUCAACAGCGAAUCAACCUACCCAUAUUCGCUGCUACCGCUGCAUACAGGUCCAUGCUAAACUUGACAUGCGUUUGACGGUACUGGAACUGUUACAUCGAAAUUGCAGAUUUUCUACCGUUUGAAUGGUUCAUUUUUUCCUGGUCUCUUUAAAACAGCGGUUCUUAAACUUUCUUGCAAGAUAGAACCCUUUCGGAAAGGUAAGGAGCCCCAAAUUCAAAGUUGUUAUGUUUAAAAUAUGUUUCAAUAAGUACAUAUUUGUUUUAAAUAGUUACUUUGUUUGUUAAUAGUUGUUUGUACAAUUAAACGAGCUUUUCACGCAAGAGGCUACUAUGUAGUAGGAUCUUUUUUAAUACGACUAAUAUUUCCGUGGUACACACUUUGAGAACCGUUGCUUUAGAAAGUUAUUCAGAUUUCUUGCACUUUGUAAACUUCUUCCCAAACAGUAACUCUCAUUGUAAUGCCAAAAGUUAAUCCAUUGUACGCUUACUUUUUUAUAUGUUUACAUUUUAGACUUCGUUGUUCCACUAUCACUUUAAAAUACUUUAAAUUUAAUUAUAUCAGUACAUAUGUAACCCAGGAUUAGUGAGAUUAUACAUAAUAUGUUCAAACUUUAUACACGAAAUAUGUAAAAUAAACAUGUCCGAAUGAAACUACAAUGUGCUCAAUUUUAUUUAUUUCUUUCCAUAUACAGACCCAUCUGAUUUGAACAUUAAAAAUAUCUGAUAAAUUUGGUGUAAAAUAAUUUCAAUAUCACGAAAAAAAAAUCUAGCGCG